CGAAGAUAUAUAGUCCGACGCCUUCUACAUCUUGGUUAAUAUUCUCAUCAUCAUCAUCGUCAACAUCACUUGUUUAUUCUACCCAAAUACUAGAGCUGUUCAAUUCUUGUGACAUCUUCCUCUCUGUAUCACUCUUUAUACACUUUUCAAGAACCAAUCUUCAUCAUGCGUAUCCAACAACUCGUUUUCUUGGGAUUCCUCAGCAUCGGAUUUGCCCUUCCAGUUGCUGAACCCAAACCAGCACCAGCUCCACAAGUCGUCGGUAAGUGUCUCCUAACAUCAGGAAACCACAAAAACUAACGCUUUCCAGAUUAUGGAGAAUAUGGCGGUAAGUAAUGAAUUUUCAAACAUCCCAGGAAGAACUGAAGACUACUCACUCCUCGCCCUUCUCGAAAAUUCUUCAGAAUUGCCAGAAUGCUGACUCUGAGAUCUUUUAAAAGCAUAUGGUUCAUACGCCAACUAUCCACCACCCCCACCAGCACCAACCCCCUCAACCGGGUAUGGUACCUACGCCGGCUACGGAACCUACAAGCGUGAGGCCGAGGCUGCGGUCGCAGAAUAGGAUGUCUGUUGUCUUUGGAUUGUGGUCCUUGAGGAAGGUUCGAUCGGAUAAUGAUUGGUUUGCGUGGAAUGGGUAACAAGCGAAAUAGAAGAUAUUGAGAGAUGUGAACUUCGGCUGAAGAUUCGACUUGUCACACUCUUUCAACGAAGGGUUAUCUCAUGUUAGAACU